UGAAAGUAGAGAUGGACCAAAACUAGCUUCAGGAAUUGAAGAGCAUUUUCAUAAUGUCAACACGAAGGCUUCUUUCUAUUUUAUCAAAGCCACUUUUCCAACGUAAAUCACCACUAUUAAGGACAGUAAGAUGCUCCUCUUACUUCCCUGUCAACGAUUCCCUGUUUGGAUUAACAUCAGAACAGAAACAGCUAAGACAGACCGUCUUCCAGUUCUGUGAAAAAGAACUCGCUCCCAAAGCUGAUGAGAUCGACAAAACCAAUGAGUUCAAAGAUAUGAAAGAUUUUUGGCUGAAAUGUGGGGAACUUGGUUUGAUGGGAAUCACAGCACCUUCUGAGUAUGGAGGAACAGAAGGGACGUAUUUAGAUCAUUGUUUGGUGAUGGAGGAGAUGAGUCGAUUUUCAGCUGCCGUAGCACUGAGUUAUGGGGCUCACUCUAAUUUGUGUGUGAACCAGCUGGUCAGAAAUGGCAGUGAGGCACAAAAAGAAAAAUAUUUACCCCAGUUGAUCUCAGGGGAAAAAGUGGGAGCUCUGGCUAUGAGUGAACCUGGUGCUGGCUCCGAUGUUGUAUCAAUGAAACUGAAAGCAGAGAAAAAGGGAGAUUAUUAUGUGUUAAAUGGGAGUAAGUUUUGGAUUACCAAUGGUCCAGAUGCAGAUACUUUAAUUGUGUAUGCCAAAACAGACUCAACUGCAGCUCCUCAGCAUGGAAUUACAGCCUUUAUUAUUGAAAAGGGCAUGCCAGGCUUUAGUACAGGUCUUAAGUUAGACAAGUUAGGAAUGAGAGGCUCCAAUACUUCAGAGCUAAUCUUUGAAGACUGUAAAGUACCAGUGGACAAUAUGUUGGGGAAGAAAGGUCAUGGAGUAUACAUAUUAAUGUCGGGGUUGGACAUUGAAAGGACUCUGGGUUCUGCAGGCCCUAUAGGGAUAAUGCAAGCAUGCUGUGAUGUUGCUUUUGCAUAUGCUCACCAAAGAGAAGCUUUUGGGGAAAAGAUUGGAAAAUUUCAGAUGAUACAGGCAAAAAUGGCAGAUAUGUACACUACAUUGAAUGUCUCACGUUCAUAUGUUUACAAUGUGGCUCGCUCCCUGGAUCGAGGAGAAAGGCAGAACAAUGAUUGUGCAGCGGUAAUUCUAUAUACAGCUGAGGCAGCUACACAAAUGGCCUUGGAUGCCAUCCAAAUACUGGGUGGAAAUGGCUACAUUAAUGACUAUCCUACUGGGCGAUUCCUUAGAGAUGCCAAGCUUUAUGAGAUCGGGGCCGGAACCAGUGAAGUCCGAAGGUUAAUCAUUGGACGAGCUAUUAAUGCCUUCUACAAAUAAUCAGGCAUGUCCUAGCAAAACAAAAGCUUAAGUCUGUGAUCCUGAUGAUAUUUUACUUGUGUGAAAACAGGCAUUGUCAUCAAAUUCUGCAUUCAUAAGUAUGGAGAGUUGUCUCCUCUUGUGUACAGCUAUUGGAAUAUGAAGCAUGUACUGUAUACAGGGAAAUUUUCACCCCCAUUUUAUCUUCGCCCCUUUCACCCUACUCACAAGUGGGUGAAUUUAAAAUGGGGCUAAUUCAAAGGACAUAGUAUUAUUUCUUAAACGGAACCAUAACUGAGUGAAUUUAAAACAGGGCAAAAUUAUUUGCAAGUGUAAAAGGGCGAAAAUAACCCUGUAUACAGUAUUCAGUGCCUAAUUAGAUCAGUACAAAUAUUUAGGUACUGAUUGAUGUCUCUAACAUCCAUUGUAAAUUAUUUUCAUAGCUGCAUAUUUGUGCACAGAUAUCCCAGAUUGGUACAACACUGCAUUUCUUAUCAUUUUAUACAUAUCUCAGGUUAAUGAUGCUGCAAUCAUGUCUAUAAUUUUGAUGUAAUUGAUUAAAUAUAAUUUCACAGAUUGUUGUGUGUGUCUCAGAAAAAUUUGUUGAUAAAAUAAAAAAAUCUAAAGUUAA